AGGUUGAAAGAUGAGAUAACGAUGACGUUAUUGAUCAGUAGAGUUAUGAAAUAUCUCGAGGACCACGAUGCUGCUCCCAGCAUGAUUUGCAGAGUUUAUCUAAGAUACAUUGAACAUAUUUACUACAAGGUUGGUGAAGACCACUGUAUAGAUUACAGAUUACAGAUAUUUCACAGUACACUCCCAGGGCUUUUCAGUGACUGGUUACAUUAUGAAUAGAUAGAUAGAACCGGACUGACGUGAAGCAGAUCGAUGUAGACUUUGAGCUUACAAAUGGCGCUUGAGCAGCCGCUAUUAGUCCAUACCUCAUUAAUGAUCUGCCUCCAGACCUAUGUGCCUAACCCACCCUGUCAACUUGCCCUGUGGGAGGAAACACGGAGUACCCGGAGAAAACCCACGACUUUCGGCAGAGCGUUGACUUUACUCUUUUCACAUGAGGACUGGGUUCGUAUCACAUUGAGAAAAUUCUCACUGAGAUUUGAACCCACGGCCUUAGAGGUGAAAGGCAAGUGCGCUAACCACUUCGCCACCGAAGCCCCUGUAUAAAGACGUGAGAGUGGGGCACCUCUUCAAACAACAUUACAGGGCCGCAUGUUCGAUUCCUACUGGAUGGCUUUUCGCGGUCUAAAAAUUUUAUAAAAUUUAAACUGGAAAUUUCCAUUUAAAAAAAAACAAUUAGUUCUAUCGAGCGAGAUGCUCAAACUCCUGAUAUUUAUCCAUGAGUCCAAAAACCAUGUUCACCAAAUUCACUUUUUGGAUCUUGCAAGCAAGCACGUGAACUCAUUCUAGGCUCUUGAAAAUACUGUCAGCUUCUCAAUGAUCCUUUCAAAAUAUGAUAAACAUCCCAGUCUAUCAAAUAGUUUUUCAACUUGAAAAGAAUGCCUGAUCUUUAUGUAAACACAAUGACAAUCCUCCAUCUGAUCGGAUAUUUUCGAAGUAAUUUCACUGAUCUGAUAUAUUUCCUCAGCUGGAUAUGGUCCGUGUGAAGGAAAUGAGCGAAGCACGAAAACUUAACAAAUCUUCUGAAGAGGAAAACACCGAGGAAUUGUCACUGGAUCAAGCGACAGCAUCAACCGCAUCACAAAUGGAAAAUAUGUGCAAGUUCAUCUACUCUAAGGAUGACUCGAACCGUAUCAGGACUAGGGCGAUGUUAUGUCACGUGUAUUUCCUCGCCUUGCAUGAUCGGUGGUAUGAGUCACGUGACCUCAUGCUCAUGUCCCACUUGCAGGAGAAUAUCCAACACUCGGAUAUACCUACACAGGUGGGUGAAGUAAAUAGGAUUCUGAUUGAUUUAAUCUCUCUGGACCUUUAGUAACACUUGAUCAACAAGAGAUGAUCCUUACUGGACCUCUAGGGAGAACAGUUUAGAACUGAUAGAGCUAUCCAGUAUAAAUAAAGUUAGUUUAGUUUAGGUUUCCUCUUGUAGGAACACUGGAUCAAUAAGUGAUGAUCCUUACUGGACCUCUAGGGAGAACAGUUUAGAACUGAUAAUGCUAUCCAGUAUAAAUAAAGUUAGUUUUGUUUAGGUUUCCUCCUGUAGUAACACUGGAUCAAUAAGGGAUGAUCCUUACUGGACCUCUAGGAAGAACAGCUUAGAACUGAUAGAGCUAUCCAGUUUAAAUAAAGUUGUUUAGUUUAGGUUUCCUCCUGUAGUAACACUGGAUCAAUAAGGGAUCAUCCUUACUUGACCUCUAGGAAGGACAGUUUAGAACUGAUCCAGUAUAAAGGUAUCUAGUAUAGAGUUAGUAUAGGUUUCCUCGUGCAGAAUAAACACUGGACCAAGUUAGUUUAUUUGAAUUCUUUUGUGUUGUGUAGAUUUUGUACAACCGUACGAUGGUUCAGCUCGGUCUGUGUUCUUUCCGUCAUGGUAUGAUCAAGGAUGCACAUAACGCUCUUCAUGAUGUACAGUCCAGUGGCAAGGCUAAAGAACUUCUUGCACAGGUUUGUGAUUUAUGAAUAUAUAACCAAUCCAUGCCCCCCCCCCCCCCAGGUUUUUUGUAUUUCUGCCAAUCCUUAAGGCCCAUUUCCACUCAGGAAAAUUUUCCGCGGAAAGAAAAUUUUGUAAAAUGUGAUUGGCGGCCAAAAAAAAAUAUGUGGGUUUCCGGUUUCUUCUUAUAAAAACUUAGGUAGGGUUAGGUCGAUUUUUAAACUUUUUUUAAUUUUCCUAACAACCGGACGCCAUUUUGUUUAGUCAGUGCUUCCACAUCCAAAGAUAAAUUUCCCUAAUAUUGCCUCAAAUUUCAAUUUUCCACAAACUUUUUCCUCUAAGUGGAUACACUUACAAGCAUGAUCCAAUAAAAAUGUUUAGGAUCGGGAUUUCGACGUCCAAAAGCUAGGUAGAGUCGGGAAACUGGAAACCCACAUUUUGUUUUUUUUGCCUUGGCCGACACAAAUUUUCCGUCGGAAAAAAAUUUUGAAGUUGAAAAUUUCAACUUUUAACAAUGAUAUUUUCGGAAAAUUUUCUGUCCGUGGAAAUGGGCCUUUACCGAAAAAAAGUUUGCACAUUUGUAGGGUUUAAUGCAACAGAGGCAGCAUGAGAGAAACCCAGAACAAGAAAAGAUAGAACGCCGUAGAUUGGUAAGUUCCUUUUUUGUCUAACAUGCUUUUAAAACGUUAUCGUCAGUUGUACGGUAAUUCUUUCUAUUUUACACUCUUGUGAGAAAA